UGUUGUGAGAGCUAUUCUAAUUAUACAUUUCUCUCCAGCCUGUGAAGUCACAAAAUGAAGCACUGACAGCUGAUGACAUCAUAGAUCAUGGUAACUUCUGCUUCCUCCAUUGUUAAAGAGACACAUACAUACAAGGAUUAAAUUCAGAUGCUUCAAUAGGCCAUUAAAUAGUGUUGAAGCCAACACCACUGGCUCUACAGUGGACAGGGCUGGUUUAACCAGUGGAGAAGAACUGGGAGCUAUCUUGGGGCUAUCUUGGGAAGAAUGCAAAUGUUCUAGAUGUCAGUUGUCUGUCCAAAAUGCCACGGCCACCUCUUGCCAGCUGCUCACAUGCCCGAGCCCUAAAAGAUGAUGAAGAAGAAAUCCAGCCCUGUUUUCACCAUCAUGUUCCAACUACUCCAGGAGACCAUGUCAAGAAUCAUAGCAGCUCUGGAGACAAUCAGAUGAAAAAUUCAAAUGACCCACCUGCAUCUUCCUUAAAAGGGCUGGUAAAAAACAAAAACCGUGGUACAUCAAGACAACAUGAAGGAAAAAACAGAAAUAAUAAGAAGAAAUUGUCCAGGCAGAACCUUGUCCUUGAAGAAGUGUCUCUGUCUCCAGAACCAUUAGGCUUGAGUUUGGAGUUUCAGGAACCGCUAUACAAGGAGGCAACAGUUUCUACCCAUUUAUCAGAUGAUGAUGACGAUUGGAGAGAAAAAUUCCCACCCUCUUCCUAUGAUAAAACACAUUUAUACAGGAUCUGUAAUGUUACACAAUGUGAUCCUUUUGAUUACAAUUCAGCAAUUCUUUCAGGAAUGGAAACUUUCUGUUCAUGGCCAUUCAAUGAUAAUGACCCUUGCACUGGGUGCCCUUCUCAUGCCAAAGUCACAGAAAGCUACACUUCCCACGAAGAACCUAUUGAAGAAGUGGAUUUUGUGUCCUCACAGUUGAGUUAUCAAGAACUUAAAGAGGAAAACUCCAUGCUGAGGAGAAAGAUCAAAAGAAUACAGAACUUCUCGGAAAGUCAGACCCAGAUGGUGCGAAACCUUGAGAGGACACUGCAAGCCACUAUGAACAAGGAGGAGAAAGAGGCUCAAGAUUUGGAAGCAUUGAUGCAGCAGGCAGAGCAAAAUCUUCAGUCGAUGACCCAAAGAGCUCUGAAGGCAGAAAGCAAUAUUGAGAAGCUGAAACAAGAAAUGUCCUUCCUUCAGGCAGAGUUGACUUGCUACAAAGUAGAGAACGAAAGCCUGCGAUCAGGCCAAUCUACUAAUAUGGGGGCAGUGAAACAGCAUGUGGACAUUGCUUUGCAAAAUCUUCUGAGGGUCACCAACCAUGCUCAUGCUACGAUUCACCAGUUGGUCUUUGGUGCAGAAACACUGACACUUGUUGCUGACCUGCUUAAAUCUGUGGGUAGAAUGUCAGAAGUUGAAAAGGAAGAAGAAGAAGAAGAACAAACUUAGGGGACUCUCUUGCCUAUGACUGUAAUGCUCCUGUAGUGCUCUUGGGGCUUAAACCAUUUGCUCUCGUAAUGUAUGGCUUCAAAUAAGUAACCUUUCUCUUUUCCCAGAAGUACUUUUAUUACAUAAUGGAAUAUUAAUUUCA